AUGUUGUUUGCGGUGGAGGAAAUCAACGCUAACAGCACCCUUCUACCGGAAGUCACUCUGGGCUACCACAUACUCGAUAGCUGUGUGGGGCACCCUUGGGCUCUGCAGGCUGCAUUGUCCUUAACCGCAGGGGACACAAACCACUGUGUUCAGUCUGCUUCUUUGCUCAUUGGUCCUGCCUCCUCCACAUCGAGCCUUACCGUGUCCAAGAUGCUGGGCCCACUCUCUGUGCCUAUUAUCAGCUACUUGUCCAGCUGCCCCUGCCUCAGCGACAGAACGAAGUUCCCCAACUUCUUCAGAACCAUCCCCAGUGAUGUUUACCAAGCAGGGGCUUUUGCACGGCUGGCCAUUCGCUUCCAGUGGACCUGGGUGGGAGUUGUGGUUAGCGACAACGACUACGGUCGAUUAGCAUUACAGGUAUUCCAACGGGAGAUUACAGGCAACGGCGUGUGUGUGGAAUUCAUCCACAUCAUCCACCAGGAAUACAGUGAGGCGGAUAUCAAACGUGCAACAAGCACCAUUCAAGCUGCUAAGGCCAGGGUGAUUCUGAUUGUUUCAUGGGUUGGCUAUGUGAAGAUGAUAUUUCUAGAACUGGCCAAGAGAAAUGUGACAGACAAACAGUUUUUGGCCAGUGAGUCUUGGAGUACCAAUCAUGAGCUCCAAGAUGCCGCCAUCGCUCAGGUGGCACGUGGAAUUGUUGGCGUGGCCAUCCAGAGCGCUCCCAUACCUGGAUUUGAACGUUAUCUCAGACGUUUGAACCCCAUUCAGCGCCCCGAUGAUGACUUCUUGAGAGAAUUCUGGGAAAAACAAUUUCACUGUAGUCUGGAGUCUCCGGCAUCGCGCUCGUCAUCACUCAAGAGAGCGUCACUGCCACUCUGCAGCGGGGAAGAGUCCCUGGAGGGGCUGCAGCAUCUUCUUACUGACACCUCCCAGCUCCGUUGGUCAUAUAACGUCUAUCUGGCUGUUUACGCUGCAGCUCACGCCCUCCACAGCCUCCUCGCCUGCCCGAGCACGGACAGCAGCAGCACCGCCUGCUCCUCUCCCAGUCACAUCAACCCUGCCGAGCUGUUGCAGCACUUGAACAAAGCGCACGUCACCACCCCGCACGGGGAUGUGUUGCGCUUCCAAGGGGGCGACGUGGCGGCUAAGUACGACCUCGUCAACUGGCAGAUGACCCCCGAGGGAUCCCUGAAACUUGCUGUGAUCGGCCACGUGGACGGAUAUGACAUUCAUCUGAACGAGUCGGCUAUCCAGUGGAGCACAGGAUCUAGUCAGGUGCCCACUUCCACGUGCAGUGAGAGCUGCCCUCCUGGCACCAGGGUGGCCCGCAGGAAAGGAGAACCUAUUUGCUGCUUUGACUGCAUCCCGUGUGCAGACGGGGAGCUCAGCAAUGCAACUGGCUCGCUCUCCUGUGAGCGCUGUCCAGUCCAGUUCUGGUCCAACGCUGAGAAGACAGCCUGCGUCCCUCGUCAGCUGGAUUUCCUCUCCUUCAAUGAGACGUUGGGCGUCACACUCACUGCGGGGGCUGUGUCUGGCACCACGGUGACCAGCGGCGUCUUUGUUGUCUUUCUCUACUACAGACACACACCCAUGGUCCGAGCCAACAAUUCCGAACUGAGCUUCCUGCUUCUCUUGUCGCUGAAACUCUGCUUCUUGUGCUCGCUGCUCUUCAUUGGUCGUCCAUCAGCGUGGGCUUGUCGCUUCCAGCAGGCCGCCUUUGGCGUCAGUUUUGUCCUCUGCCUGUCUUGCCUCCUCGUUAAGACUGUGGUGGUUCUGGUGGCCUUCCGCUCAAGUCAUUCCAGUUCUAAAAACCUGAUCAAGUGGUUCAGUCCUUGGCAGCAGAGAGGAAGUAUUGGCUUGUUUACUUGUAUCCAGGUGGGGAUCAUCUGUGCCAUAUGGUUAUCCCUCAGCCCGCCACUUCCUGGCCAUGAUUUGGGUCUUCAAGGGUCCAAGGUCACCCUCAAGUGUGCCAUGGACUCUGUGGUGGGCUUUUCUCUGGUUCUGGGCUACAUCGGCCUGCUGGCCUGCACCUGCCUCCUCCUGGCCUUCAUGGCCAGGAAACUUCCGGACAACUUCAACGAGGCCAAGCUGAUUACCUUCAGCAUGAUCAUCUUCUGCGCCGUCUGGGUGGCGUUCGUUCCCGCCUACGUCAGCUCGCCCGGGAAGUACGUUGUUGCAGUGGAAGUGUUCGCCAUCCUCGCCUCCAGCUAUGGUUUACUCUUCUGUAUUUUUGCACCAAAAUGUUUCAUCAUUGUCCUUCGGCCUGAAAAAAACACCAGGAAAUACCUGAUGGGCAGAUAGUGCCUGCAUUUUCAGC